AUGAAUUCCUUCUCAACAGGUGGCGGAAAUUUUCAUCAUCAAACAAUGACUACUUCCCGAAGAUCAUCAUCUAUUAGAUUUUCUCUCCUUCUUGUAUUGUGUUGUUGUAUUUUGUUUAUUGGUAGUUGUUUAGCUGCUGAUCUUUAUGAAACUUUACACGUUCCAAAGAAUGCUGCUCAAGACCAAAUUAAACGAGCAUUUAAAAAGUUGACAAUGAAAUAUCACCCUGAUAGAUACAAGGGUGAUGAUAAGGCUGAUGCUCAAAAAAAGUAUGCCCAAAUUUCACAUGCCUAUGAAGUCUUAUCCGAUGAAAAAAAGAGACAAGUUUAUGAUAGAUAUGGAGAAGAAGGAUUAAAACAACAAGAAAGAGGAGGUCAUCCUGGUGGUGGAAUGGGAGGAAUGGAUAUUUUCUCUGAAUUCUUUGGUGGAGGUGGUGGUUUCCAUUUCAAUUUUGGUGGAGGUAAUGAUGGACAAGAAGAAGAAGAUGAAUUCAAGGGUCAAGAUUUGAGAAUCCCACUCGAAGUUACUUUGGAAAAUCUCUACAAUGGUAGACUUAUGAACUUUAAGAGAGUUAGAACUGCUCAUGAAGGAAAUUCUCAACCAAAGAAAUGUGAAUGUAGAAAUAAGGUUAUCAGAAUGAUGGUUAUCAAUGGUGUUAUGAAGAGAAUGACUGAAAAUAAUUGUGAAGAAUGUAAGAAUCGUUUCGAUGUUGUUCAAAAGGCUACUGCAUUAACGAUACAAAUUGAUAGAGGUAUGAGAGAUGGUGAAGAAAUCAUUUUCUAUGGUGAAGGUGAUGCUACCAGAUCUCAUCGUAGUGGUGAUUUGAUCUUUAUUGUCAAGACUAAGGAACACUCUACAUUUACUAGAGUUGGUGACGAUUUAAAGAUGAAGAUGGAUAUUUCUUUGAAGGAAAGUUUGACUGGACUCACCAAAAUUAUCAAACAUUUGGAUGACAGAAAUUUACAAAUUAAGAUUGAUAACGUCAUCAAACCAAACAGUAUUAGAGUUGUAAAGGGUGAAGGUAUGCCAAGAAAGGAAAACCCAGCUCAAAGGGGUGAUCUUCACAUUGAAUUCAAUGUCAUUUUCCCAACUAGUCUCACUACUGCACAACAAGAUGAGCUUAAGAAAAUUUUGUAACCUUACUAAACUAUAAAAAAUAUUUUCAAUUAU